CGCUCCGCCCUCCGCUCAGCCCCGCGGCGUGUGGUGGGGUCGUUUAUUUAUAUUAUUUAUUUGUGAAUACAUUUUAUUAAGUUAUAUAGUAAUUUAUCUCUCACGCGAUGGUCGCGAGCAGCUCGAAGACCAAAAGCUCUGAGUGCGGCUCACAGCUGCGGGGCCGAGAACAGCAGCGGCGCCGAGCGGGAGCCGCCGGGAGGGCCGACAGGGAGUCUGCAGAUCUUGAUUAUUGGGAUUGCAAUCUGACUGAAUGCAGCAUAAAUGAGGAAGUCUUUCAGGAGCAAACAUGUCAGCACCUAACAAAACUCUUUGAGAACUGUCUGUCCAGAGCCAAAAAGACUAAGCUACACUGCUCUGAAGUUCUGGUCCCUGAAAGACUGAUUAGAAGGGUUGCCAGAGACGUGCUUUGCCUUUCUUCCAGUGAACCUUGUGGUUUGCGAGGGUCCAUUAUCUAUGUCAAUCUGGAAAUUGAGAAUAUGUGUAAAAAAUUGGACAGAAUUGUAUAUGAUUCCAGUGUAAUUCCAACUUUUGAAUUGACCUUAAUCUUCAAGCAGGAUGAUAAUACCUGGCCAAGCCUCCGGGAUUUUUUCUUCAUUGGCACCUGUUUUGCACCUGGGUUCAGGCAAGCUCUGAAACUUAGUCCUGGCUUUCGCCUAAUCAAAAAUAAAUUGUAUUCUUCUUCGGCUGGAACGGUCAUAGAGUGCUAAAAAUCGAAACAUUUAGUAUUCUACUUGGUAGCUUUACUUCAUUCUUCCAUGUCAGCAAUUCACAAUUGCAUUAGCAACUCAUUAUUGCUCCAUAUUCUACCCAUAUUCAGUAAUGCCUACAAAACCAUGUUCUGUUCAAUGGUGUGACAGGGUCACUUCAGUGUGAUUUUUAAGCUUCCCUUCCAAUGCAUUAUAGAAUGCACAUGUCUUUGAUUUGUGUAGUUCCUACCAUCUGUAUUUUACAUCUAACAUGACUAGGAUUAUCAGUCAGAUGGAAAUUAUCCUGGGCAUAUGGCUUCAUUUAAAACAGCUUGUCGAAUUAUCUGAUUAAUAUGACCUUCAUAUCUGUAGGCAAAGCAUGUUCCUGUAAUGCAUUAUAACUGGAAUAGUAACACCAAGUUUCAUAAACGAUGCAGAUUUAGUUGUUUUCCCCUUUUCAGUCUUCAACCCCUGAAUGUUUAGUCUAUUUUAAAAAUUUGGAUUAUUAAAUUGGUUGAUACAACUUGAAGUAUGCAAAUGUGGGAUAGCGAUUAAAGUAAAAUGAAAAGUCCUCUAGUUUAGGAUGGGCAAACUCCAAUGUGACGCUUAUGAGACUGGUACGUUAAAUCUUAACUGGUUAAUGUCAUUAAACAAAUGACUCUUGUGCACUAAAGUUUUAGGUAAUACACAUGGGGCAGGGGAAUAAGUUGCAUGUUUGACACUUGCAGUAACUCCAUGAUAGAGCAAUUUGCACUUUUUUUUAUGGUAGGACUUGUGUUGCACUAUUUGGGAUGUUUUUUUCCCACAUUGUUUUUUUUGUAACAAGCAUUCAGUGCCAUCAAACCUGCUCCUUUCGUCAUUGUAUUAGGACAGAUGGAUUAGCAAGCAUUGAUUGCUUAUGAGUUUGUCUAAUGGUAUAUUUUUUUAAUCACUGCAUAUUGUUAACCAGUUACUGCAGUGAGCAAUGAAAUUGAAAUGUUCCUUUAAGGAAACUUGAAUUGUAACUUGUCUAUUUUUUGACAGUAAAAUAAUUUUAUAACCUAA